CCCUCCUAGAGAGAUCCCGAGUCCCACAAAGUGUGCCGUCGGCCUCCACAGGGAGUGGAACCAACAGAAGGAGGUCUGUAUGUGGGCAGAGAACGGCCAGAAGAGAGGGCAGGACUGGUACUCGGUCUCCCUCCCAGAGCAGAGGAGGGAGGGGCACAAGGCCUGGGCUCCCUGACCUCCGGCCUCACCACACCUGACCCAUGCAUCAUGCCCAGGGCUCGACCAGGGAUGCUGAGGCAGGCACGGUUCCCUGCGGGCUGGCGCUCUGACAUGGACUCCCGGGCCUGAAGGAGGGCCAUGGGCCCUCCUGCCUUGCUAGCUUGAGGGCACCAUCUGGAUGUAUUUAGAGCUGUGAAGGCCUGCUCAGGGGUGCCUGUGAGCCCAGAGCGGGGGGCUUCUCCUGCCUCCCCCCUCUGGACAUGAAGAAGGACAUCGAGGCUCUGGUGGCAGAGGAGAAGGCCGAAAUCAUUGCCAAGUAUCAGAAGGGGAGACAGCACGGGGCUCACAUCGAUCCCUGGGAAGAUGCCGACUUCUCCCUUUACAAAGUCACAGAUCGCUUCGGGUUCCUGCAUGAGAGUGAACUGCCCAGCCGGAGCGCCCUGGAGGAGAAGCAAAAGGUCCAGGAGAUCGAGCGGGUGGACAAGUGGCUGAAGAUGCUAAAGAAAUGGGACAAAUACCGGGCGAGCGAGAAGAUGGCUCGGAGGGUCUACAAAGGCAUCCCCCUGCAAGUGCGGGGGCAAGUCUGGGCCCUCCUCCUGGAUGUGGAAAAGGUGAAGAUGGAGAACCCUGGCAAGUACGAGGAGAUGAAGGAGAAAGCCCAGAGCUCCUCCGCCGAGAUCAAACAGAUCGAUCUGGACAUCAACCGGACAUUUCGGAACCACAUCAUGUUCCGAGAGCGCUACGGAGUAAAGCAGCAGGCCCUGUUCCACGUCCUCUCUGCCUACUCUGUCUACAACACGGAGGUGAGCUACUGCCAGGGCAUGAGCCAGAUCGGUGCCAUCCUGCUGAUGUACCUGAAUGAGGAGGACGCCUUCUGGGCACUGGCCCAGCUGCUGGCCAACCAGAGGCACGCCAUGCACGGCUUCUUCGUGCCUGGAUUCCCCAAGCUGCAGCGCUUCCAGGACCAUCACGAGCAGAUCCUGGGCCGAGCGCUGCCCAAACUGAAGAAGCACAUGGACAAGGAGCAGAUGGCCACCGGCAUUUACACCACCAAGUGGUUCCUGCAGUGUUUCAUUGACCGGGUGAGCAGCUCGGGUGGGGCCGGGCCGCCGCGGGGCUCGCUCGCUCGCUCCCUCCCUCGGGGCCCCCUCUCAGGCCGGCUGUCCUCCGCAGACGCCCUUCACGCUGACCCUGCGCCUGUGGGACGUGUACAUCCUGGAGGGCGAGCGCGCGCUCCCGGCCAUGGCGUUCACCGUGCUCAAGCUGCACCGCAAGCGCCUGCUGAAGAUGGCCCUGGAGGACCUCCGAGAAUUCCUGCAGGAGAAGCUGGCCGGCCCGUGGCCCUACGAGGACGACGCGGUGUUGGAGCAGCUGCAGGCCUCCAUGGCGGAGCUGCGCAGGAUGAAGUGCGAGCUGCCCCCCCCAGCCAAACUGGAAGAGCUUCCCAAGAGGCCUCUGGGCCUGGUGACCCUCGGGCGGAGCCUGGAGCCGGCCGGCCAGCAGCAUCUGCUCCCCGGAGAUGGGGCGCCCCCUGGGGGCAGCCAAGCCCAAGGGGAGGCCGCAGGGAGGUCCGGGCCGCCCCGCCCCGCCCCAGGCAGCAGCCCCUCCGAGAAGGCCUUUCCGGCUGGCUCUCCCCAGCUCCCCCGCCCCUGGGCGAGCAUGCCGGGCCUGGCCCUGCCCGGGCCCUCCUCCGCGCCGGCGGGGGCAGCCCCGGGCUCUGCAGGGCGCCUGCCAGCUCGGAGAUGGACCCCAUAAGGGCGGCCACACCCAACGGGGUGCUGCACCCUGGGGUGCUGCGGUGGGGCGGGCACGGGGGCAGUAAAGGCGUCUGCCGCGCUCCGGCCUCCGGUGUCUGCUUAUUGCGAAGCCUCCCUCCCCGACAGGCACACCGAGCUCAAGACCAUCCAAUAAUUUACUGAAACCGGGCCGCGGCCGCGGGCGGAGGGGGCGGGGAGGCGCGGGAAGCACUUGGGGGCCAGGAGUCGGAGCCAGUCCGUGCAAAAAGCCUGCGGGGGGCAGAGGCGCCGGGCUCGGCCUCCCCGGCAGGACCCGGAACUGCGGCGGCAGCAGCAGCAGCGCCGCCUCCGCCUGCCUCCUCCUCCUCCUCCUUCCGACCGGGACUGUCGGGCCUCUCCCCGGGUCCGUUCGGGUCCGUUCGGGUCCGUUCGGUCCUCUGUCCGGCCGCCAGCGCCGCCCUCAGGUCCGGCACCUCCGGACCCCCAGCCUGGGCGGGGCGGAAGGCGCGUGUGGGCGGG